AUGUCGUCAUCUUCGUUACUGUCAUCAACUAUUCCUACAAUAGAGUGGAGUCCACUACUUCCAGAUUCAUGGCUUAAAGAAAAGCCAACCUCGGAAAUAUUAUCUCGAGAAGAGAUGUUUGUGAAGGAACGUAAAAGAAUGGCAUUGCAGGGCAUAAAUAGUUUUCAGUUUGAACCUAACAGUGGACAGAUAUUGUUCAGCUAUGGCAGUGGGAUAUACUUAGGACAAGUUACAAAGGGAAUGGAAUUCAAUCCGUAUCCAAUAAUACCUUAUUCGUGUUGUCCCAAUACACCAUUACACCAUAUGUCACAUGCUAACUCUACUUCGCCUUCAUAUUCACCUAGUUCAUCUUCCAUGCCACCUUCAUAUUGUUCAACUUCAAAUUUUUCUCCUCCUCGUCUUGAUCCCAAGCUAGGCGGGCGGAAUAACAAUUUAAUCGCCUUCAUACGCGAUCGAGAUAUAUGGGUAACUACUCCGGGCGGAUCCGAAACACAAUUAACAUUCUGCAAUGAACAUGAUCCCGAUGGUACAGCUGCUUUGAGUUGUGGCGUGGCAGAAUUUGUUAUGCAGGAAGAAUUCCACCGAUUCACUGGUUAUUACUGGGCUCCAUCAUCAUCAUCCUCUAAUAAUCAUAGAAAAGAUGAUGUCGAACGAAUAUUAUAUAUACAAUUAUCCGAAUCAAUGGUGGAUUUGGUGUUAAUUCCACGACCAGGACCACAUGGCGAAGUGGAUGAAUAUCGCUAUCCUAGAACUGGCACCGCAAACGCUCAGUGUAUUUUACAAAUAGUAGAAUUCAUUCCGCAGCAUGAAGAUGAGGAAGUAGUCAUCUGCGGACCAAUUCAUAAACGUUUGUGGGGAUCUUUUGCGCUUAAGAAACUAUUUCCAUGGAUGGAAUAUAUUGUUCGUUUUGGAUGUGUUUGGGUGCAGCUCCUUGACCGUCUUCAGCAACGAACAGCUAUUGUCAAAAUUGCAUUGUGUAAUUUUAUGAGUAUUGAAGAAUACCAAAAAUGCACGCCAGAAAUCGAAGAAUUGUACCGAGGAUUUAUCGAAGUCAUUUUUGAAGAACGUAAUCAUAUAUGGAUAAAUGUAAGUAAUGGAAAUAACCAUUUGUAA